AUGCCGAUAAAGUCUCCCUUUGAGUCCUCCAUCGCAAAGCCGGGCCAUGGCAAGGUGGUUCUCUCUCUCCUCCCACCAGCAAAUCCCUCUCUCACGACCCUCACCUAUAAAUAUCCUCUCAAACUCCUCACUCGUGUCCCCGGCUUCGUUCCGCAGAACGCCGCUCUCUCAAAAUGUCCUUCCAACCCCGUCCACCUCUACCUUCUCACCUACGGCGGAGGCCUGCUACCAGGCGACCACAUUUCGGUCUCCAUUACCCUCGAAGCUCACACCCGUAUGGUCGUGACAACACCACAAGGGAGCACCAAGAUUUUCAAGACUGAGCCCAUCAGCAUGAAGGGCCACCGCAGCACUCUCAAACACUCUCUCUCCGACAAGAGUCGGCAAACAUUAGACGUGCAUGUCGGCGACGGUGCUGCUCUCUGCUAUCUGCCAGACCCAGCUGUGCCAUACAAAGACAGUCGCUAUGAGCAAGUCCAGACCUUCACGGUCGACGGUCUAAAUAAGAGCAGUCUCUGCAUUCUCGACUGGGUGACAGAAGGCCGGACGUCCCGUGGUGAGAGCUGGGACUUCCAUCUCUGGCGAGGCAAGAACGAGGUAUGGACUACAACAACAGACGGGAAAGGAGCACUGCCAAAGAAGAAGCUGCUGCUCCGGGACUCGCUCAUUCUCGAUGACGAGGUUGACGUGGCCCUUCUUGAAAACGGAGUGGACACAUGCGACCGUAGUAAUCUGUUACGGGAGCGUACCCGACCGCACGGGGUCGUGGGGACCUUGAUUCUCUACGGGCCAGUCUUUGAAAAGCUCGCGUCUUUCAUCAUGGACCGGUUCUCCUCGCUACCGAGGAUUGGCGCAAGGAAUUGGGCCUCCUCGGCGCCGGCCGCUAUGGAGUCCACGCCCAACUAUGAUUCCCAAGUGACAUUCACGGCAGCACGGGUGCGUGCCGGGUUUGUGCUGGUGAAGUUUGGCGCGAAGGAAUUUGCAACGGCCAAGGAUUGGCUGGGUGGGAUUCUGCGCGAGGAGGGUACGGUGUUCCGUGAGUUCGGUGAGGAAGCGUUGUUUUGUAUGUGA